AUGACCCAGGCCCUGGGAUAUCCCGCCGCCAAUGCGGUACUGGCCAUCGUCGCCUUGUCCCUGGUCUAUCUGGCUUACAGAUGGGCCUUGCCGAGGCCACUUCCUGGUAUUCCUUUCGACGAGAGCGCUAGGAGGAGUCUGUUUGGCAGUCUGCCUGAGAUACAGGCUCAUAUACGCAAGACGGGACGUCUUCGAACUUGGAUAGCAGCGCACCCUACUCGCCAUAACUCUGCCCUCACCCAGAUCUGGAUGGGACCCCUCUCGAAGCCCGCCUUAGUCCUCGCCGAUUUCCAAGAGUCACAGGACAUCCUGUUGAGGCGGAACAAGGAGUUUGAUCGAGCCCAGAGGAGCGCGGACAUCUUCGCCGGACCUAUUGGCAAUCAUCACAUCGGCAUGACCUCCUCAGAUCCUCGCUUCAAGGGAAACAAGGAACUUGUCCGCGACUUGAUGACCCCAAACUUUCUUCAUGAGGUUUCAGCACCGCAGAUCUAUGCGAAGACCAUGACUCUCAUCGAUCUAUGGACUCUCAAAGCGGGCGUGGCCCAAGGUCGUCCGUUCAACGCCAGGCGAGACAUCUUCGACGCAGCUAUCGACAUCAUCAAUGCCGUUACCUUCGGUCUGGACGAUGAUCUGAGCACGGUGAAAAAGCAGUUGGACACCUUGAUGUCUAUACAGAACCUGGAGGCCGCUCCGGUGGCUGCAGACGGAUCAAUCAAAUUCCCGGAGCUGCCCGAAAUGCCUGACAUAGCCGCUAUUAAUGCAGUGGGGGAUCACGUCGGUGACCUAUUCAAGUCCAUAUAUCCGAUAAUGUACCAUCGUUACAAGGUGCUAACCAACCGAAAACUGGCCGAGAACAUCGCCCGGAAGGACAGGCUAAUCCACGCCGAAAUUGAUAAGGCUGUGGUGCGCCUUCGAGAUGGCGACAGUGAGACGCGCUCGGCAAUGGACCAUAUACUGCAGCGAGAAAUAAACGCCGCGGCGAAAUCAGGUCGGGAGCCGGUUUUCCAUUCCCCAAGGAUUCACGAUGAGCUCUUUGGGUAUAUCGUUGGAGGCCAUGAUACGAGCUCAACAGCUUUAGCAUGGAUGGUCAAGAAUAUCGCCAAUCACCAGGAGGUUCAGACGAAGCUUCGAACUGCCCUGCGUUCCGCAUAUGCAGCCGCCCAUGCCGAGGGUCGUCAGCCAUCGGUCGUCGAGCUUUGGAAAACACCAGUGCCCUACCUCGACGCCGUGCUCGAGGAGUCUCUGCGUGUGGACGGCCCUGUCCCAAUUAACCUUCGAGAAUCCAAAGUCGACACCUAUCUCCUCGGCCACGAGAUUCCCAAAGGCACUAGUGUCUUCAUCGUCGGAAACGGACCAGGCUUCCAGAGCCCUUCCUUGCCUGUGCCUGACAGUGUCCGCAGUGAGACCUCGCGCGCAAAGCACUCAUACGGGAGCUGGGAUCCUGCCGAUAUGCACCUCUUCAAGCCCGAGCGCUGGAUGAAGACCGGCGAAGACGGAAAAGAGGUAUACGACGCGCAUGCAGGUCCCAUGCUUGCCUUCAGCCUGGGUCCCAGAGGCUGCUUUGGUAGACGGCUUGCAUACCUCGAGACUCGCAUCGUGCUAGCGAUGCUGGUCUGGAACUUCGAGUUCCAUCAGCUCUCAGAUGAGCUGAGCUCACACGCAGCUUACGAUAAGAUCACGACAAACCCCAAAUAUUGCUAUGUUGGUCUGUCGAAAGCGAAAUGA